GAGGGUCCGCCAGCUUGGUACGGUCGAUGCCAGACGCUGCGGUGAAGUAAAGUGAUUUGAUCUGGUUUCUGCAAAUGCAAAUCUGUAACUAAUGUUGUGCAUGCUUUAACCGAAUGCUGCACGACUGGCAGGAAUGUAAUGGUUCAGUGGUCGUCGUGGGUAUUUUAACGCCGUCUAAAGCUGUUAGCUAUGUAACUAUCGUUAGAUAAGUCAGUUAGCUAGCUAAGCUAAACAAGUUAGCAGUGAUGGCUACGAAGUUGAUCAGUAAUAUUUAAUGGAAACGCAUAUUGAUAAUGGAAAAGCUUCUUUAAAGCUGAAUUGACCAUGUUAUAGGAAAUAAAAACUAUUUGUGCCCAAAUGUCACUUAGAAAAGAAGUAUUCCAGGCCAAAGUCCUCCAGAGGCUUUACCCUGCACCCAAGCCCAGACCGGCCACAGCGCCUGGAGUUCAGCCCAAGCCCAGACCGGCCACAGCGCCUGGAGUUCAGCCCAAGCCCAGCAGUGGACCUGGUCGUGUUGGAGAGUGCAGAUUACCACGGAGGAAGGUCUACACUGUUCUUCCUCCUCCUGAUGACGUCUCCGCCAGCGGAGACGGAUUGGACACGCCAGCCAGAACGGGCAGCUCGGGCACCACGGACGGACCGGCCGGUGGGAAACGAGGUCUUAAUUCUGACCUUUCAGGUUCGGAUGGCAAAGACGGCACUGAGGAUGAAGACAUGGCGAGGAGGAGGAAGGCAGACGUAGCCUCAGAGUCUGGCGAAGCAGGGGGGACAGGCGCCUGUCCUCCAGGGGGCGCCGCAGCACAGCGAUCGGAAGGAGCCGUGGAGAGCGGACAGCCGGAGCCGCUCAGCAGAAACAGGAAGAGGAAGAUGAAGAAGAAACGGCGCAAAGCGAAGCUCUUGUCCUCGGGUUCAGCGCCCCGGCCCCGGGCGCUGGAGUUCACCUACGAGGAGGAUGAGGGUGAACGCGGCGAUGAAGACAGCAGACAGGACCUCGACGGGGUUCUAGACUUCCUCCAAACCACUUGGGACCUAUACCUUUCCGAUCGCUCCAGGGCCUCAAGCCUCCCCGCCCUCCCCUCCAACGUGGCGGAGUCCCUGUUCGCUCGUAUGUCUGACAGGACGUCGCCCCCUGCAGGUCUGAGGAGCUUCCGCGGGCUCGGGGCUCUGCUGGGUCGGGGGGAUGCGGGCCAGUUACGCGUCGCCCUGCAGGAGUUCAGCCGCACCUCCCCUCUGCCUGCCGAUGAAACUCUAGUGGUCUGCACUCUCUUCCAGUACUGGAUAACUGAAGUUCUCCCCAUGCAGAAGGACAGUGACACAUGAUGACUUGGCCUCCUGGUUCCUGUGAGGGAGGAGCCUCACCCACAGGUCCUGCAAGCGGGACACCUCACAGAGAGCCACCGUCCAGUGCUGUCCUGGCAGGACACGCGUCUGUAGAGGCGUCUGGACGACCCACGGCCCAAACGUCACAGCAAAUAUCAUUUCAGCAGCCUGGAUAGGCUUAAAAUAAAUGCAGUAGAACACAUCAGUGUGGUCGUAGACUAGGAUUAGACUCGAUCUAACCUGAGUGGCUGAAGUCUCGUCUGAGGCAUGAGGGAGACGGAUUGCCCACCGAACGGCGCUGAAAUUCUCCAUCCCAUCCGACUCUGAAGUCUUAACUUCAAGGACUUUGAAGGACUUUUAUUUUGUACCGACACUUUUUACACUUGCACCACGAUGUCGCACAUCUAAACAAUAAAUUAACAGUACGAAACCAUACUGGUUCCAGCUUCUUAAA